AUGGACUUCAGCGUCGUUGUGAUGGCGCCGGACGCCUGGGGGUUUCUGCCCGCGGAGCCCACCAUGGCAGUCAUCACGGAGGACUGGGCCGCUGGACCCAUCUUCCCGCUUUCCUCCGAGCCAGUGGAGAUGAGUUGCCGGGUGCCAGACUUCCCGCGCGUGGCCGUCUCCUCUGGCAGCCAGCUGGAGGGCACCAGUGGCUUUGUUACUCUUCAUUUCACCACAGGAGCCACGCUGCGAGGUUUCAGCCUGCAUGAAGAGCCGCGGGAUGUCAACAUCUCCAUCACCGCCUCGCCUUUCUUUGUUCUAACAGGCGCCUCCAAUGUGGAUGCCAGUCCAAUCGGCACCGACGGGGCGCCUGCCGUGUACCUGGAGGGCCCGCGGAACAUCGUCUUUGCACUGGGGGCUCGCCGUUCACUGUCCCUGGGCCACGUGGAGUAUGCGGUGCAAAUCGCCGUUGUGAAUCCAGCCCAGUACUUUUGGCAGAUCACUCAAGAGGAGCCAUGGACCUUGGCUCUGAUUCAAGGUCCAGCGCCCGGGUGCCGCGCCUGCAGCCCCACGCGCUUUCAGGCCCCCUUCAUCGGCCCCGAGAUCGUGUUCAGGAUCUUGGAUUUUCAGGUGGCUCCCAGCUCCUUGCGUUUGGGUCUGCCCACCAGCGUCGUCUUCUCCUUCCGCCUGCUGAACGCAGCGGAGCAGAUCGAGCUACUCUUCCCGGGCAACGCCUCCAGUUGCCACUUUUGGGCGCCCAGCAGUCUUGAUGACUGGGUGAAGGACAACCUUCGCUGCUUUGCACAAGGUGAUGUUGUCCGUGUCACCAGACUUGCUGACGCAUUCACCCAGAGCCAGAACGACACGAGUUCUGAUAUGGCACCUUUGCCAAUGGGAUCUCAGCUAAGCUUCCGCAUGUCUGUCGUGCACCCCAGCCAGCCGCAGUCGGACAGCCGCGGAGGUGAAUGGACGGCGCAGGCUUUGGACAGCACUGGAGCUGUCAUUGGCCGGGUACCUGCGCAGGAGUCGGUUUGGCUGCCGCUCUAUGCCAACUCGGUGACAAAUUUUAACGUGGCGAUUCAGGAUGCUAGCGCUGGCAUCAGUUCAGCAGUGCGGGUCUACGUCACCCUGGGCAUGGCAUUGCAGCCUGGAGACUUUGUGAAAGUGACAUCUCCCCCCAGCUUCUUCUGGGACUUCCAAGCCACCGAGUUCUUGCACCGUCUUGCUUUCGACGUUGAUGCCGACCUCCCCGUGCAAGCGCCAGAGGCGGAUGGCACCGCACGCGAGCUGCAGAUGCGGAUCUCUGGUGCCAUGGAGCCCUCGGUCGCCUAUGGCUUCGAAGCCCGCGUCCGGACUCCAUUGCAGCCGCCCCCGGACUACGUUUGGACCUUGGAGACCUUUGGCCCCGACGCGGGGGCUCUGGGGCAACGCUUCGAGACGGGCAGCUUGCAGGCCUUCCAGCUGAGGCUGUUGACGGAGGCCAGCAUCGAGCCCUGGAGCUCUGUGAGGGCCAGCAGCGGCCCAGUGUCUCUGAGCUUCAGGACCUACCAGGCGGUACCGGCAGGGGGCGCUUUGGUGAUCCGCAGUCCGGAAGAUUUCCAGCUCCAGGAGCCUUGCACUUCCGAGCUGCUCGCAGAUGGCAACGUCGUUGCAGCAAGAUGCCAGGUCAUGAGCUCCCGGGAAGCUCAGGUGCGGCUUUUGGAAGGCCUGACUGCUGACAGCUCUUACUUUGUGUCUCUCUACUCGGUCAUUAAUCCCGUGGAGCAAUCCUGGGAGGCUUUGCGCCUGAACAUUUGGCAGCUGGAGACCAGAGAUGCGGAGCAGGCGUUGGAUGGCCCAACCUCAGUGCCUGGCUUUCGGAUCGGUGACGAGCUGCCCUACGGGGUGCUCAUGGAUGGCGGGCCAUCGACUGGCCAGGACCUGCGCGCGGGUUUGCAGCAGUGGGUCACCGUGGCUUUCCGGGUGGCAGUGCCCACCAAGUCGGGCCAGGUCAUGCGGCUUUUUGCGGAGCCUGGCUCUGUCUUUGAGGCAUUGUGCCGCGUCCGCGAUCCGCCAGACCAUGCAGCCUUCGGGGCCAAAUUGAUUGGACAGCAGAUCGCAGCCUGCCGCGGCGUGGGGAACUAUGCCGACAUGGAGGUCGGAGCGGUCUGGCAGCCGAGCUAUACCCAGUCUUUCCAAGUUGAGGUGCGGAAUCGCAUUCCUGGCAACUCAGAAGCUGCCAAUCAGGCGUGGCGCUUGUGCAUCGGCCUGUUUGAGGAAGGUGGCUGUGAGCAAAUGCGCACUUUGAGCGAGUGGAUGCGGCCGGUUCUGGGUCUUCAGGAGCUGUCUAUUUCAACAAGCUCCAAAGUUAUGGGUGGUUUGUCACCCAUAUUGGUCAGACUCAGUGUCUCAACUUCUAUGCCACCUCACGGCACUCUCACCCUCAUGGCACCCAGCGGCUACACCUUCCCGCUGGAGUGCAGAGGCUUCGCUCCUGUUGAGGAGGUCGGCUAUGACACUUUGCCACCGGCAACACUGUGCCAGGGCGGCGGUUCUGGCCGGCGAUUGCUGGACAGUCUGGAGCGGCGGCUCGCUGCAGACUCGGAGCUGCAGCUCACACUGGGACCAAGCGAAUCAGACAGGAUCCUGGCCUACAGAAAGUAUGCCUUCUCAGCAUCGGUGCGCAAUCCAGGCCGAGAUGCGCAGCCUGACUCGUUCGUUUGGGAGCUCCGAACCGCCGCAGGCGAUUUGCUGGAUAGGUCCCGUGUGGAGGAAGCGGGGACAGGCUCGCCCUUGCUGCUGCCCUUUCACGGCUCCCUGCACCCGCAAUCCACCUUCGCCCUCCAGGCUCACAGCAUCCGCAUUUUCUUCCGGGUCCUGUCCUCUGAAGAAGGUGCCGACAGCAACAUUGUGGGCUCAUUGAGCAGGAUUGAUGUCUACUCGCCCACGCGCAGCCUACAGGGCGGAGGGUGGGAUUUGUCGGAGCCCUCGGCUUGCACCGCGCCCUUCUACGCGGAGGGUGGGCAGCUUGCCAGCGGCCUCGUGCACAUCAACGUGACCACAUCCUUUGGAGCGGUCGCCUGCGCGGCAGUGAACCCACGGCAGCUGGGCAUUGUCUUCACCCCCUCGGUGCUAUCCACCGCCCGCACGGCCAGCCUGGAGUUUCUGGUUCGAAAUCCCCGAGAGGCCCCGAAGGAGCUGUGGAAUCUGUGGCACCUACGUUUGUCGCGGCUGCAAGUGCCCGAAGACCUGACGGCCAGCCUUGCCGCCAGCUACGCUUCUCAGCCCGGCCUUUUCAAAGAGCAGUGCGAGGCAGCCUUGCCGGGUUUCUGGGUGACACCCACCCUGCGAUCAAUUCAGCUGAGGAGCAGCCACGUGUCUGCCGGGGAAAGAUGCCAGGUGGAGUUUACUCUGACUCCAACCAACGAGGUGGUGCCGGGCACGAUCGUGGCAGUGCACUUGCCUCUGGGCUUCCGCACGCUUCCUGAGCAGGACCACGAGGCUGCCUUCGUGGCGGACAACGCCACCUUGGAGCUUCUGCCGCUGAACCCAGGUGCCGGCGACUCAGAGGUGCGCCUGCUGGUGGUAUCCAGUGGCAAGCUGGUCUUUGAGCUGGGGCUGGUGAACACCCCGUCGCCAGAAGGCUCUCCUCUAUGGACCUUCGAGCUGCUUUCGGAAGUACCAGGAGAGGUUCUGGAGCUUAGCUCCGGCUUCGAGGGCUACUCUGUGUACUUGCAGCUUGAGGUGGCAGGAUUGUAUGGCUCCGUCCGCGAAGUUGGCUACAAGUACAAUUUUGUGCGCAUGACAUUCAGACUGCCUGCGGCAGCUUCCAUGUCCGGUGGAGGCACGCUCCUGGUGGUUGCCCCACCCCUCUUCGUGUUGGACGCGGACACCUUCGACCGGGAGAAUCUGCCGCCUCAGACCGUAGCCAAUCUGGACAUCAACUCGGCCAGUGUCUGGAACCGGCUCAACGUCACUACGGUCUACCCUUUGAUCCUGGCCCGGUUCUACUCCUUCAGCUUCAGCGUCGCCAACCCCAGCACAGAUGCCGUCGAGUACUGGGAGAUCUGGUGCUACGAGCAGGGUAGAGUUGUGGCUGCCAACACGCAGGUUCCGCGCUUCGGCUUGGAGGCAUUCUUUCAAAUGGUGGAAGUGUCUCCGUCCUCCGUGAUACCCUCUCAGCGCCUGAACGAGGUUGAACUCAAGUUUGUCCUGGGCAGCACUUCCCUGACUGCUGGCUUGGAUGGCUUCGCCUCUGUGGUGAUUCAACUUCCUUCAGGCUUCAGCAUCGAUGAAUCUGGCACGCCCUGGUGCCAGCUGGAAGUCCAGAGCUUUGCUCCGCAGGUCGGCAAUGGCUUCCUGGUGCAGCCUUUGCCCAGGGCAUCUCGGUGCCACGUGCGCACCGACGCGGUGGUGAUCCAAGUGCCGCAGACAUUGAACGUGGAUAUCGCUUUCCACUUCCAGCUGCGGUUGUCCAAUCCCACGGACAUCGGCGCUGCCAAUGCCUGGCACAUCUCCACGGAGCAGGGCAGCCGCACGGUGCACCUCGCGCGGGAGGUGGGGAACUUCGAUCUCUACCCGCUGCCGGAGGUGCAGCUCUUCUCCACGGACCUCCGCGCCGGUUUCCUGCAGCUGGCGCUGCUGCAGUUCGUGCCCAAGGCGCACGUGGGCCGCGGCACACUGCGGCUGACCGGGCCUCAGGCUUUCCUUUUGAACUGCAGCGAUGGGAACCAGACGGCGCCCAGGGGCUUGCUUCCCGCAGAAGACACGGAGUGCGUGGCAGGCUCCUCCUAUUUGGAGAUGCAGCUGCCUGAGCCUUCGCCUUUCGCGCCCUUCCAGCCUCAACUCCUGGCGGGCCAAGUGUACGUCUACGGGCUCUACUGCACCAACCCGAGCCAGUUCUGGGGCAGCGGCAGCUUCCAGCUGGAGAUCCUGGAGCCGGUGGCGCGGCUGCUGGGGGCGCAGCCCUUCGUGCUGGCGCCGCGCCUGGCGGCGCCCUUGGAACGCCUGGAGCUCACCCCGGCGGAAAUCGCUGCGCCGGGCGGCAUGACGCUGGUCACCCUGCGCUUCCAAGCGCCGGCAAAUGCCCAGGGCCUGGUGCGGGUGAUUCUGCUGGAGGCCUCGCCCGGCUUCGUCCUGGCCCAGAGCGGCCGCUGCCUCGGCUUCGGCUCCCGAAGCGACGUGGACGCGGUGGGCGACACGGUGCUGCCGGCGGCGGCGUGCAGCGGCAGCUCGGAGCGCCAGGUGGUGGUGGCCAUGCCCGAGGCGCUGCCCUUGCUGGAUGGUUCGGGCGGUGGCCGCACCUAUGUCUUCCAAAUCGGUGUGACGAACCCGGUGCAGGAGGUCAUCACGGACCUCUUCCUCCUGGCGCUGCUGCCGUCGCUCACCGCGGCCCCGCUCUACGCGGCCUCCGUGCCCGGAUUCGCGGCACGGAUCCCAGGCCUCAGGCCGCUGGAGGCGCCACAGCUGGCUUUGGCGCAGGUGCCGGAGCCCAGCGACAGCCAGCUGGCGCCCAACCAGCCCCCGGCCGCAGUGGCCGGGGCGCGACUGGCAGCGGCGCCCAUGGUGCUGGCCGUGGCGGUGGGACUUAUUGGGUGAAAGUCCAUGGCAUUCCGAGCGAUGACUCGACACAACUGGAGGAAUUAAUCUUCCUGGAUGGCAGGCAAAGAAGAGAUGGCAAGCAAAGAUGGUUCAACUCUGGAAGAAUCUUGCUGGCAAGGAAAGAAAAGAUGGCAAAGAUGAUUGAGCCUGGAUGGAUGGCACUGGUAGAUGGCAGAGAGGAUUCAACCCACAUGGAGGACUCGUGGUAAGCUUGAGGUUCGGUUGGCGUGAGGAGCUGACAGGUGGGAAGUGCCUGCAGCAACUUGCAGAGCGGCCAUUGCCAGAACCAGAUGAACAAGGCCAUGUACUUCCACACUUCAAGAUGGUGUGCUCCUAGCCAUGACUCUGGCUGCUUGCAGAUGCUUAUCGCUUGCUGGCAGCAGGCAAGUUUCAGCGCAGCUGGAAGAAGAUGCAGCCACUGCAACACUCCCUUUGCCAAGAUUGGUCCACCAGGUGCACGCCAAUCUUUCCACAUGAAAGCUCCGGAUAGGAGGCUUGACUGCACUUUGCCGGCGAGAGUCUUCCAGAAGGGUUUUGGGCCGAUUGUGGGCUGCAGUCAUGGUGCAUGGCAUGUGUGUCAUUACUGUGAGGUGAGAAUUGAGAUAUCAGCGGUGCCAUCAAGUCUCAUGCGCAGCAACAAAAGCAGCUCUCGCUGCGGAUGUGUAUUGCGGUCAGUCGUGGAGCGCAUAUCCCUUGCUGAAAGCUCAACUAGAAAGGCAAGAGGUAUACUUGUCCGCCGAAGCGUUUGUGAGAAGGUUCCACUUCACAACCUCCUGUGCCUCUUGCGGCAUAAUGAACUGGCUGGGGGCAGAGAUUAGCGGGAUCUGCGCCGCAGGCGUUCUGAUGAAGCUCAACUCGGAGCUGGCGCGUGAGCUGAGCCGCGCGAGUGCGCGGUGCUUCAUGCGAAGAUGUCGGUAGCUUUGAGCCGGUCAGAC